CGUUUCACACUACUUUUCAUGUGCACGAAGGAGUGCUGAAAGAAGAUGGCGGCCUCCAUAUGUAGGACGUUGAAAUGCCUUCAACCAACAUCAUGUCAAAAUAUAAAGUACGGCUCGUCUCUGCUGGAUGUCCGGCUGUGGCAGGCGGUGCUCCAGGUUCCCGUCCGGACAAAAAGACGCUUGUUCAUUCCUUCGUCUGUCAACAUUAAAUCAAAGGCACAGGGCGAGCAAGAGAGAAAAGCCCGAGCUGCCGGUGUGGUGAUCCGACAAGAGUACAUGGAGAGACCCAUUAACAUCUCAUGCACAGCGGGCAUCUAUGAUGCUUAUGUUCCUCCUGAAGGAGAUGCUCGUCUCUCCACACUCACUAGAGAAGGUCUGAAGCAGCGCACAGAACAGCUCCGGCAGACUGCAGCAUCACAGCUGGCAAUUCGUAAAAUAAAGGAUUAUGACUCCACGUUCACCUCUAAAGAGUUUCCAGGAUUAGGUCAGCAGAUCUUCAUAGACGCUCAUGCAGCACUUACAGAAUUUAACAAAGAAAAACUUCAUUCGCUGGUGACAGAGAGGUGUUACCCGGAGAUGGUUCGGGGGAAUCGUUAUAAGACUCUGCGAUGGCGCUUCAUUGAGUCUCUGGAGGCUCCUCGACUCGUUCAUGCUCGAUGUCCUGACAUGAUCAGCAAAGGCAAUCUCUAUGGUCAGGUCACUCUCCGCAUGCAUUCUAGACAGACACUGGCAAUCUAUGACCGUUUUGGCCGGUUGAUGCUCGGAGAUGAGGAAGAACCCAGGGAUGUCCUGGAGUAUCUGGUGAUGGAGAGACAUCUGGUGAAUCCUUACGGUCGCUGGAGGCUUCAUGGCAAGAUUGUUCCAGCAUGGGCACCACCAAAAGAUCCCAUUAUUAAGACCGUUAUGAUCCCUGGACCCAAGCUGAAGUCCGGUGAAGAGUUUGAAGAUCUGAAUUAUCAGAUACCGAAGCCAAAGGCAGUUCAGUGGAAUAAAUAAUGCUGAAUGUGGUGCCUGUACAGAACAAUUCCCUGUUAUCAAAAUAAAUAAUACUGUAUUUAUAAAA